CUCGACGACGAGGACGACAGUACCCACUGUCCCGCACGUGCACGCCUACGCCUAGUACCCACGUCCAUACACAUCCACCCGACCGCCAUGGCUGUCCCCGAGACCAGCAAGCAAAUAGUCGAGGCGCAAAAGAUUGCGAAGACGGACCCGAAGAAGGCUGAGCAGGUCUUCAAGGAGGUCUUGUCAACAAACCCCGGGUCCAAUGAGGCCGCCAUCAAGAACUACGAGAGUGCCUUGAUCAGUCUGGGAGAGCUGUUUCGCGACCAACGUCGCGUGGAUGCCCUCGCCGAACUUGUGAGGCAAACACGAUCGGUGCUUUCGUCUUUUGCGAAAGCAAAGACGGCAAAGUUAGUGCGGCAGUUGCUCGACCUCUUCACCACCAUCCCCAACACCACCGAUGUCCAAAUCGCCGUCACCAAGUCAUGCAUAGAGUGGGCCGUAUCGGAGCGAAGAGGCUUCCUGCGCCAGAACCUGGAGACCCGCCUUGUCUCCCUCCACAUGCAAAAACAAUCCUACUACGACGCUCUCACCCUCAUCAACAGCCUGCUCAAGGAGCUCAAGCGAUUGGAUGACAAGCUGGUGCUAGUCGAGGUGCAGCUGUUGGAGUCAAAGGUCUAUCAUGCUUUAGGCAACAUACCCAAGGGGAGAGCCGCCCUAACGUCGGCCCGAACUUCAGCUGCUUCGGUCUACACGCCCCCGCUGCUGCAGGCUGGCCUCGACAUGCAGAGCGGUAUGCUUCACGCCGAGGAUGGUGACUUCAACACAUCCUUUUCCUACUUUAUCGAGGCCAUGGAGGGAUAUCACUCGCAGGAUGAGGCACAAAAAGCCACGUCCGCACUCCAAUACAUGCUUCUUUGCAAAAUCAUGCUCAACCUAGGCGAUGACGUGACGUCGCUCAUGGCGUCGAAACACGCCAUCAAAUACGCAGGCAAGAGCUUAGAUGCCAUGAAGGCUGUAGCGCGUGCCCAUACCAACCGCAGCCUGGAAGAGUAUGAGACGGCGCUGGAGGACUACCGACGGGAACUGGGAAGCGACCGAUUCAUCACAAGUCACCUUCGGCGAUUGUACGAUAAUAUGCUGGAGCAAAACCUGAUCAAGGUCAUUGAGCCGUUCAGCAGGGUAGAGAUUGAGCACAUUGCCAAGAUGGUGGGCCUUGACACGGUUCAAGUAGAGCGGAAGCUGUCACAGAUGAUUCUGGAUAAGGUCAUCAUCGGAGUUCUGGACCAGGGAGCUGGUUGUUUGAUCGUCUUCGACGAGUCCGAGAGGGAUCAAUCGUAUGACGCGGCUCUCGACACAAUCGAGAAGAUGAGUAAUGUGGUUGAUGUGCUCUACACGAACCAGGCGUCGUUGCUAGAGUAG